AUGACCGACGCAUCCUGUCGAACCUUCUGUCAAACCACCGCGGCCGGCGCGCCGUACACCUACUUUGGUAUUCAGAACGGUCAGACAUGUCGCUGCGGUAACACGAGUCCCAGGGUACCAACUAUCCCUGGCUCAAUUCCGGCUACACCAAACGAGAGCCUGUGCAACAUCCCCAACUCAGGCGACUCAACACAAGCCGGUGGUGGUCCCAACGCUGUCAACGUUUGGCUUGUGGCUCCAACACCAAACAAUGUACCAAGCAGCAGCCAGCCAGCCGUUGGCUCACCUACCAUCAGUCUCCCAGUCGGCCAGUCUUCUAUCACAGGCUUGGCGACUGCCAGCGGCCCACAAACUAUUGGAACCCUCCCUGGCGCUAUUUCAUCCGUCAGCGCCCCUAUCAGUGGUGUUUCAUCCGGAGGAGUUCCGCCCGUUAGCACUCCUAUCGGUGGUGUACCAUCUGGCGCUAUCCCAUCCGUCAGAGUCCCCAUCGGCGGUGCUUCAUCUGGCGCUAUCCCAUCCGUCAGCGUCCCCAUCGGCGGUGCUUCAUCUGGCGCUAUCCCAUCCGUCAGCGUCCCCAUCGGCGGUGCUUCAUCUGGCGCUAUCCCAUCCGUCAGCGUCCCCAUCGGCGGUGCUUCAUCUGGCGCUAUCCCAUCCGUCAGCGUCCCCAUCGGCGGUGCUUCAUCUGGCGCUAUCCCAUCCGUCAGCGCCCCUAUCGGCGGUACACCUUCUGAUACCAUCCCAUCCAUUGGUGCUCCCAUCAGCGGUCCAUCUUCCGGACCUAUCAUUGCACCCAGCAGUCUUCCAAAUGCCGGGGGCGUCAGCUCCCAGACCCCUCAAGUCAGUGGAGGUGCCUCUUCCGUGCCCUCCAAUGCCGGCCAGUCUACAGGCUUGCCUUCGCCGAGCAUCCCAUCCGCUGCUCCAAGCUCGCCCACCAGCUCGCCUAUCUUCGGCUCUGGAAUUCCUACCCCAAUUGGUAGCCCUCUGCCUGCAGGCACGCCUGCCACCAAUCCUCAAACCCUCAUCUCAGACAACGACCCCGAAGGAACCCUUCUUGGUUGUGUCUCAACCACUGGCAAAGACGGCCAAUCCCUUUUCAAAGGACCAUCUGCCUACAACUCUACCUUCACGCAAAUCACCUGUCGCAGGUUCUGUAUCGAUGCGAUUGGGGGUCCCUACCGCAUCUACGCCCUUGAGCAGGGUAACCUUUGCCGCUGCUCAGCCGAAAUCGACUCGAACAAUGUCGUUACCGAUCCUUAUGGCUGCAACGUUCCUUCCGCUGGUAAUCCCAAUGAAGUCGGAGGUGGUCGCGGUCGGGCCAUUGUUUUCACGAACGAUGACUUCGCUCCGCCGGAUUCCCACUUCAAAUUCCCUCGCACGCGCGGAAUUCCCGUCGCGUCCCUUACUCUUAUCAGAAGCCUCUACUACCUACCAUCCAUCAUGCCAACGACCUUCUUCGAUCUCCCCCGUGAGAUACGCGACGAAAUCUACGAUUGGCUGUGGCUCGAUACUCCAAUCAUCGACCUACAGGACCACGAUGACAUUAGGCAAGGCAUCUGGUACAGCACCACUGAGACGUUCCCGCCCACCAUUGUCUACAAUAAAAAGUUCGCGAAAAUGCCAACGUGGCCCAAGACGAGCAGGUUGAUCCAGUCUGAGAGCUCCGAUGCUCUGAUUCGCCGCGGUAGUCUUUGUGUUUCUCCCUUUCCGUUUAUGUGGUGGGGACGCGCAUCUGACUUCCAGCACUCCGACGUCCUACACAAUGUCCUGGCCGGAGCUCUUCUCUCACGCGUCCAAGCCAUUGAGCUCAAUUUGCCGCUAAUAAACCUUCGUCGCCAUUACGGUGACAACCUCCAUGUAGCUUGCAAGAAAUGCUGUAUGGAAGUCCUAGUGCGAUACCUUGGCGGGGCAAAGAGCCUUCGCAGCCUCAAGAUUUCGCUGGAGAGUGGCCCCAAUGUCUUCUGGGCAGAAAACAUCUGCAUCAACCUUGGCGGGUUGAAAGAUUUCUGGGAUGCUACAGUCGACUUGGACAGGUUCGAGAUUUCUGUGGAGGGACGAUUCGGAUUGUGGGAGGGCGCUACGACCUUCAAUCAGUCGCUGUGCCGAUACUACGAUAGACUGGUACGCGAUAUUCCCACGCUCGAAUUUCAUAUAGCGCAGAAGCAAGACAUGCUCUGUAAUGAAGUCGAGUGCAGCUUCAUCUACAAGAAGUGA